GGAGGGGCAGGCGGGAGCCGAGAAGGAGGGAGCGGGCUCGCAGCGCCCAAGCAACCCCUGUCUGUUGCUGCUGCUGCCGCCGCUGCCGCCGGCCCGGACUCGCCCGGAGCGCAGGGUGUCUGACCCGCUGCGCGCGGCGGCUCCUGCGCCCGCCGCUGCGCCCUCCAGCCCCUGCUCCUCGCGCCGGCCCGCGUGGGUCCCGGCGGGCGCGAACCCACCAUGCAGCUGCAGUUCCGGAGCUGGAUGCUGGCCGCGCUCACGCUGCUCGUGGUCUUCCUCAUCUUCGCAGACAUCUCGGAGAUCGAAGAAGAAAUCGGGAAUUCUGGAGGCAGAGGUACAAUCAGAUCAGCUGUGAACAGCUUACAUAGCAAAUCUAAUAGAGCUGAAGUUGUAAUAAACGGCUCCUUGUCGCCAGCUGUUGUUGACAGAAGCAAUGAAAGCAUGAAGCACACCAUCCAGCCAGCCUCGUCCACGUGGAGACACAACCAGACGCUCUCUCUGCGGAUCAGGAAGCAAAUUUUAAAGUUCUUGGAUGCUGAAAAGGACAUUUCUGUCCUCAAGGGGACCCUGAAGCCCGGAGACAUUAUCCACUACAUCUUCGAUCGAGACAGCACAAUGAACGUGUCGCAGAACCUCUACGAGCUCCUCCCCAGAACCUCGCCGCUGAAGAACAAGCAUUUCCGGACUUGUGCCAUCGUGGGCAACUCGGGGGUCUUGCUGAAUAGCGGCUGUGGGCCGGAGAUCGACACACACAGCUUUGUCAUCAGGUGCAACCUGGCCCCGGUGCAAGAGUAUGCCCGGGAUGUGGGGCUCAAGACGGACCUGGUGACCAUGAACCCCUCGGUCAUCCAGCGCGCCUUCGAGGACUUGGUCAAUGCCACGUGGCGGGAGAAGCUGCUGCAGCGGCUGCACAGCCUCAACGGCAGCAUCCUGUGGAUCCCUGCCUUCAUGGCCCGGGGCGGCAAGGAGCGUGUCGAGUGGGUCAAUGAGCUCAUCCUGAAGCACCGGGUCAACGUGCGGACUGCAUACCCCUCCCUGCGCCUGCUGCACGCCGUCCGCGGAUACUGGCUGACCAACAAGGUCCACAUCAAAAGACCCACCACCGGCCUGCUGAUGUACACCCUGGCCACGCGGUUCUGCAACCAGAUCUACCUCUACGGCUUCUGGCCCUUUCCGCUGGAUCAGAACCAGAACCCCGUCAAAUACCACUACUAUGACAGCCUCAAGUACGGCUACACCUCCCAGGCCAGCCCGCACACCAUGCCCUUGGAGUUCAAGGCCCUCAAGAGCCUGCACGAGCAGGGGGCUCUGAAACUGACUGUCGGCCAGUGCGACGGGGCCACGUAAGGUGGUCGCCCCGCGGGACUCAGUGGCUCACAUUUCCUGCCAGCUACACCACAGGCAGAUGGGAGUCGGGGUGGCACAAGCAAUAGAAAAAGCAGGCUAGUGGUUUUCUUUGUUAAAGUGUAAAACAGUGACCAGAAUAUAUAUAUCUAUACCUGCAUAUAUAUAUUGACCUGAGUAUUUAUAACUGUGUGGUGUUCAUCUAGCAUUAGGCAGAUAAGCCACAAGAAGAAGGUGUGGAGAACCCACCUGAACCAGACUGAGACUCAGUCCAUCUUUGGGGGCCGAAGGACUUGACGUGAAAAGAAGCUAGUCCCAAGACUUUGGAUGAAAAACUGCCUCCUGGGUUGGAGGGAUCUUUGGGCUCACGGAUGAGUGGAGAGCCACCUGUUGUCAGCUGCCCCGAGCCUCUGGGAUAUACGGAUUCUGGGUGAGCCAAGACCCAGAGGGGACGCUUGACCCAGCCUAAGGCGGGUGCUGUUCACAGAGGAGAGGGAGUUUAGAGAGUUCAACCUGGCAAAGGAGCACAAUGAAACCAAGCGGCAGAGGCCGCAGGAGAGUUGAGGGCCUUGUUCUGCGAACUUAGAGUCUGACUGCCCGAGGGACAGACCAUGGUGUCAUGUCUCAGACAGGCCUCCACAGCCACAGAGAGAAGGCUAGAGGAGACAUGAUGGACAGUCCGUGUUCUGGCUUAGCAAGAGCCACCGAGAACUUUGGGUGAAACGGGAAGAUGGCACUACGAGGUGGGGUGUUCCAAAUCAUGUUUUUGAAAAAAACCGAGACCUCCCUAAGGGAGCUAAGGGUUCGCUCCACCCCAGAAUGAGGCAGAGGUGUGUCCAAAAUACAGUGGUUGUGUUGUUGGUGUUCUUUAAAGUGACUUCGGUCUGUCGAGGAGGAAGAGGCCCUGGGAUUUCACCCUCCACGUCAGUCUCCCUCUCACCCGGUUAGAAUGUUGUCAUGUGGGAGACACUACUGUCCUCCUCUGCCACCAGGGAGGCCACAGCAAGAGCCUGAAAGGGUACUCUCGAGAUAAAUGUCACCCUUCUUGAAAUAUACAUGAUUGCCUUUCUGGGCGCUUCCCAGAGCUCCCGAGCACGAGACCUGAAAGAAUGUCAAGCAUCUAGCUCCAUAUCUCUGCAACCGCUCUCUUUGUUUGCUUUCCGCAUUCUGUACUCUGUGGGGCCUCAGCAGCCGGACUGCUGUGUCCAUGUCACUUUCUUGUCACCUUGCUAUCCUGAUGGUCACACUAGCCCACACCGAGCACCGACUUUGCAGGGAGAGGUUCCAAUGUCCACCCCACCCCCAUCUUCCCACAUGGGCGCUGAUUUUAGAAUUUUGCAAAAUCCUUUUUCUUCCCCUAUUAAGGUUAAUGUUUAAGACUUAAAAAAAUAAUAAUAAUAAAACCCCAAAGCCAAAUGCAGUUCCAAAUACUGGACCUAAUCUGCUGGGGAAAUCUGGGCUCAAAGCCUGUAACUUAGAGGCUGGACUCAUGGGUCACGCCAGAGAAGCGGUAGCCAGCUCCAUGUGUUAGGUGCGUCCCUCGCCUGAUAAAUGACAGUGUUUAGAACGUGUUUGAAAGAUAAGUUAAACACUAUCUUGAAGGUGAAGAGAGUUAAGGGAAGUAAUCAAGAUCUGCUCCUAAGCAUACCAGGCUGGACAUAAUUAAUCAACGGCAAUUCAGAACACGACAUCGGCGCUAAAUUAAGGGCUGACGGGAAACCCGUGGAGGAGGCGGAAGGAGACCCGGAACCAUUAACCACACGCGACACUCCUGCCCAAAACCAUGGCGACCACACAUCUCUGCCUUUUCCCCCUUGCUGUUACUUGAAGUCUGAGAUUUGGGAUUUGCAUUAUAAAAUGAAUAUUUAAAAGAGCAAACAGCCCUAACAGCCUCCCUGGGAACGGAGUGGUUGCGGACUCCUCAGGAGCAGCGGAAAUAACGGGCGUCAUAUUUUACCCAUCUCCAGAGUGUUUCAUCUUGACGAUCUCAAAGGUCCUAGAAGACGUUUAAUUGCUAACGCUUGCAGUGCCCCGGGGAGCAGGUCGGAUUUCUGGCAGGGUCUUGUUGGAUUAGCCAAGGCCUUGGGUUCCAGAAGGUCCCAUGGGGAGUCCUGAGGGGAGCCCAGGUGUCAGGUUCUGGAGCC